AUGGUGAGAUUAGUUGCAUUGUUGCUCGGAGAAAGCAAUCUGAUGUCUGUUACGUCAUUCACAGUAGUGGCUUUGGCAGCCAACAACGAUACUAAUAAUUCCAACAGUGGCUCCUACGACUAUAAGCUCGUGCUCAAUCUCUCCCUGCCAUUCAUCGUCUUGCUGGUGUUCGUCUUCAUUUUGUUAAUGUGUUUUUUCUCUAUCUGCUCCCGACGCCGAAACUCGAACUGGGACAGCAGAGGAGAGGGCUGGAAUGGUCAGAAUAUUAUGGAGAUCAUCAACUGGGAAGCAGCCCGGGGUCUGGAGCGGGCUGUUAUCGAGAGCUUUCCCAUUUUAAGCUACAGUAGGGUGAAGGGUCUCAAAGGGCCUGCUAAGUGCUCCGAGUGCGUGGUCUGUCUCACCGACUUCGCGGAGGACGAGAUGCUGCGGUUACUCCCCAAGUGCAGCCAUGCUUUCCAUCCGGAGUGUAUUGACGGAUGGCUCGUCACGCACACGUCUUGCCCGGUCUGCCGGACGAGCCUUGUGCCCGUGAACGACUCCAUUUCCACGCCCACUGACUUCGGUUUAGUUGAACCGCACGCGUUUCCCGAGGAGGUCACGGUUGUUAUUGACAACGGAGCCGAAGUUAGCCUCCGUAGAGAUAUUUCCAACGAUGAACCCAGGAAGGGAGCUCCUUGUUAUGAUUUGAUAGAUUACUCGUUUGUUGAUGGGCAGAGACAGAGAAGAAGACGGGACAGUGCAGCGCUUGCAGGUGUCCUACAAACAUGGUGA